AUGUCGUCCGCAGUAGCUGAGCUGGAGAAUCUCCUCCAAUCCAUGUUGGCUUUGAAGCCUCCUGGAGUAUCAGGAUCCAAGAUCGGUGGAAUCACAUCUUUGUGCACAGCCAACGUGCAGAACGAAUCAGUGCUUAUUCAGAAAAUUUACACUCACUUCAAGAAGGCCCCUGGCACACACAAGCUUGGUGUACUCUAUGUCGUAGACUCAGUAACCCGACAAUGGGUAGAGGCUGCACGCAAGACCGGUCAGACUCCCGGAGGUGAUGCGCCUGAUGGGACAUUCGCUGCUGGUGUCAAGCGAGUGACUGACUUGCUUCCUGUGCUCAUGACCGACAUCAUUAACAAUGCCCCUCAAGAUCAAAAGGACAAGAUCAAGAAGUUGGUCGACAUUUGGGAACGCGGUGCCACUUUCCCCGCGCCGAUGCUUGCUUCCUUCAAGGAGAAGUUCAACGCUGCUCAGACCGUCGAAUCGAACACCCCAGAGGGCUCACCAGCCCCCAACUCGAACUCAUUGGGCAUGCCUCAACAGCCGGCCGCUGCCGCACCCGAUACCUCCAGCAUUCUCAAAGCGCUGGCGGACAUGGCCAAGAACAACAACGCCGCUCCGGCUGCUUCGGCCCCUGCGCAACCCAAUCCGAUGAGUGCCUUCCCUCCGGCUGCGCCAGCCCCAGCCGCCGAUCCUACCGCCCAGGCCGCUGCCAUGAACCCAUACGGUGCAAAUCCGGCCGCAAUGCCCUUUGCUGGCAUGGCUAGCAUGGCCCAGAACCUCCCGCCCAGCCAGAACGGGACCCCGAACCCAUUGGCCGCUGCCAACCCGCUGGCCGCGAUGCUUCCCCAGGCCGCGCAGCCCGCUGUGCCCGAUCCCACUGCCAUGGCCGCUCAACUCCAGGUUUUGCAGAUGCUGGCUUCCCAGGGCAUCCCCCAGGACCAGUGGGGAACCGCUCUUCAGAUCUUUAGCUCGGUCGGAAACAACGGAAUGGGUGGUAUGCCUCCCAUGCCCGGUAUGCCCGGUUUCCCUCCCAUGCAGGGUCAAAAUGCCAAUGGAUGGGGUCGUCCCGAUUCGCAGAACAUGGAUGACCGAGGACGCGAAUACCCUCGCUCUCCCCCCACUGGAUACCGUCGUCGUUCUCGCUCUCCUGGCUGGGAUCGCCGCCGUACUGCCUCUCCUCCUCGUCGUCGUGAGAGCCCUGUCUAUGGCGAAUACCAUGGUGAUUCGCCCGGUCGUCGUGGUGGAGACCCGCGCGAUGCGCGUGGCCGUCGCGGGGAGUAUCGUCAGCGCAGCCCGCCUGGCGCCCGCGGGGGUCGACGUCGCUCGCCUUCCCCGUCCCGUAACAAGGAUCCCAACCUGCCUCCUCCCGGACCCAAGUUCAUUGAAUGGGAUUACUCGAUUGGUCAGGGUAUGAUCAAGGUUCUCAGCCGAACUCUCUUUGUUGGCGGUGUCACUUCCUCGGAGUCGCACCUGCGCCAGCUCUUUGGCCAAUUUGGAAUUGUUCAGACCUGCAUUGUGAACGUGGAUAAGCGUCACGCCUUUAUUAAGAUGGUCAGCCGUCAAGAUGCCACUCAGGCUCGCGAUGGAAUGGAGUCGUACCGCACUGGUGAAAUGCAACUCCGUACUCGAUGGGGUGUUGGUUUUGGUCCCCGCGACUGCAGUGACUACCAGACGGGAGUUAGCAUCAUCCCCGUUGAUCGAUUGACCGAGGCGGAUCGCAAGUGGAUGCUUACUGCCGAGUACGGUGGAACUGGUGGUCGUCAAAUCGAGUCAGGAAUGGUGGUGGAGGAACCCGAUAUUGAAAUUGGUGCGGGUGUGUCCUCCAAGGCGAUCAGUCGUCGCAUUGCCACCGACACUGGCGGCAAGCGUGGCCCCAUUUCCACUCGUCAACCUCAGUCUAACCCUAACACCGAGGCUCGCUUUGGUCGUCGUGAGCGUGAUGGUUAUGGAAUGGGUGAACCUGAAAUGAACAUGAACAAUCCUGGUGUGGCCCCUGCCGUUCCAGCCUAUGGUUUCAACUUCGCCAGUAUGCCCAUGUUGCCUCCUUUCAUGAUGGGUCAGGGCAUGCCUGGUCAACCUCCCUCCAAUGGUCAGGGCAACUAA